AUGUGUGCAUGGCAAUACCAACAGUACGACGCAAAUCAUCGGCAACCAUGGCAAUCGCCACAGAACGGCCGCAGUUCCUGGCAGGAUCCACGAUUCACGAACCAAAAUUCUCACAUAGCCAGCCCUCCAGUCGCACAAAGUCCUCUCAAUCCUGUGCAGGCCUACAAUAUCCCCACUGCGCCCAGUUCCUCGGGCUUGGGUGUCAGAUAUCAUCAGCUUCAGCAGUCUGGGCUUUCUAGCUCAAACAAACCACCACUUCCUCCUCGGCCACCUAGUGGACUGGCACACACUCCUUCACCGGCCCCGCUUGCAGGCGGGCCCAUAUGGCAGGCCUCGAUCUGGCAAAAUCCCGUGCUGCAGCCCCAGAGCGGGUAUGUACAAGGAUCCGGAUAUGAUCUUGGACAACAAUGGUCAUCGGGAGCCUUCUCAAACCAGCAGCCCCACUCACACUCAAACUAUCAACCACCUCUCCAGUCUCCAGCACCACCUGCUCCUCCUCCUCGGCCUCCCGCGUAUCAAUCCCAAGCACAACCCGAUUCUCUACAAUGGCCGCAUCAGCAAACCUUGCACUACGCUUCGCCUCUCCAACAAGAUCAGGAGGACCACCCACAACCUCACAACUUUAGUCAACCAAAUCAGAUUGAACAACCGUACCUAGAAAACCGUCCGAUCACGCAAUAUCCUCUCACAUCAAACGAAACACAGAACCAUCACAAUGACCAACAGCCACCUGUUUCCCCGGAAGUGACACAUGCAGUGUCAUGGGUCAGCGAACCGCCCGUGCUCCCAGCCAACCAGCAUGUGAGCAUUGAAUCUGGGUCUUCUGCGCUUGGAGCUGGCGGACCAUCUGACUGGGAGCACUUUCAAGCUUCAGCCGGGGAUGUUGAAGAUGAAGGCACGAAUACCGCAAACGCCGAGGACCGGCUAGGGAAAUUUGCUGUGAACGAUGCAUACGCCGAACUGCCCACCGAUUCCUCCCAAACUGCACCAAAACAAGAAUCCUCUGGUCAUGCUCCCAUGCAACGUACGCAGUCUACCUCUUCCGUUUCAGUUGUGGGUGAAGCCCAAGCCCGUGAGCAUAGCGUAUCGCCAGAACCUAGCAUCAACGGUCUGCGACGUACUGGAACCAUCGAUGGUGUGAUUCAGGCCUGGAGCACACCAUUACAAAGCAACAUCACCCCCGGGGAAAGCCGGAAGAGCUCGGUAUCAACGCUUGAUCGUUCGCGACGAGAUGCGUUCGACUCAAUCAGGUCUUCGUCAGGGCAAGCUCUAAGAGACUCCCCAGAAAACCGGGAUCAGCAAGGGGCUUUGGAGUCCAACCAAAUUAUCCAACCUGAUCAACAGCACUCAACUAGUCCCAGCAAUGUGCCUGUGCGGCAAGAUUCUAUUGCUCCUCCAUCACUUUCGACGAAAAUCAUAGAUAGGGAUCCCUACGCAGACCUUGGACCCGAAUAUAGGGCUUCUCUUGCUCGUUAUGUUACUAUGCUCAGAAAAGAAGAAGCUGCUCCAGAAGAGGAACGGUAUGAAAUCUUCAGGGCAUUUGUGUUGAAGGAAUCACGCCUCCGGAGCAUAUUGUAUGCUGUGGAUGCUGACGAUACAGAUAUUUGGAAUCCAGCACGAGCCCGUGCUAAAAAGACAGAAAGUACGAAUGUCGUCGCUGCACCAUCGCAGACAAAUGCGCCGGGUGCCAGCCAGUCACUGCCACUUCAGGUAGGCAUAUCAGAGGCACCACAAUUAGCUAGCGACUCAUCUCCGAGGCUCAAAAUUGACACCAAUACAGCUGUUAACGAAGAAUCAUUCGUUGUUGUUGAGCGAGACGAUCAGUCUGAAUAUAGUCCGGGUGGUCGGCCACGCAUGCCACGACGCGUUCCGCAGAGGACUGUUUCGCAUCCUGCACCUGCACCCACCCAGAAAGCGACAUCAUCCCCCAGCGACUAUGCACCGAUUGUGGUUGAUGAAUUGAUGCGCUCGCCUAUUAACAAAGUGCUAGCUGCUAAAGAAAGUUUGCCGCUACGACCUGGCACUGCACCUUUACUCAUGCAAAGCAGCGCAAUAAAUAACCCUAUCAAAUUCGAGCCUCCGAGGCCAGCUUACACACCCUUUAGAUAUGCGGAAGGCCUCCAAAGAAGCUCUGAACAACAUGUGAUAGCACGGCCGGCUUACGAGGCUUACUCGGCAUUAAGACACCAAUCCGUGGACUCUGGGCGUAUUUUGGCACAAGGCACAGCUGACCUUAUAAGUCCCAUACGUCGAGACACCCCCGUUUCUGCCAAUGGCAGAGUUGUGCGUAGUGAGCAUGAAGAGGCUUUUCUAGGACUAAUUCGGGAGAAAAGCCGUGUCUACCGCAAAGGAAAGCUAGGGAAGGCGGCCGGUCCCCUGGCCGAGGAACCAAUGCCGUUGCCAAAACUAGUUGAUCGGCAGACACGAGCAGUAAAUGGUCUUCGCACGUUCAUCCCAAGGAUUAUGCCUCAGCAACGUCAGCGGAGCCAUAAAAUCUUGGAGCAGGAACGUGAGAUGAACAGAUUUCCGGAUAUUUUCACUUGGAUCCCUGAGACUGUUGUCAAGUGGGAUCGACAGAACAGGGUGAUUCGGAAGAAACAAGAAGACGAAAGACAAGCUAGGCAAGAGGAGUCCGGGAAGAAUAUCGACGCUCUGUUUAACGAGCACGAGAUAGGAUACUCGGACAUUGGCCAAUUGGAAUUGGAAUUCAAGUUGGCAGAAGCUACUAGGAGAUACGACGAAGACGUACAAGAACUUGAUUCUUUCACAGACCAGGUCUUCAAUCCCGUGACAGAGCGUUUGAAAGAGGAGCUUAUCCACCUGAAAGCACAAUAUAUGCGAGCCGUUGAUGUAUUAGACCUCGAUUCCGAUAGCGGCAGUCAGUACAUUCAACGUAAUGACGAUCGUAUGUCACGCUCAGAGGCUUUGACGAUUCUGCUGGCAUUAUAUGAGAAGAUGCAGAUCCGACACGUCAAGAUAGCUGAAGCUCAUUAUGAGCGCGAAAGGCGCAGGAAGAAGCUCGAGCUGUCCGUCCUCUACACGAACGGCGACAGCGAGGCGGUGAAGAAGCUUGAACAAGAGUUCAGUAAGGCUGAACGUCAACAGGCUCUACAUGAAGCUCGGGAGAAGGACUCGCGAGCAAAUGAACUUAUGGAUACCUUCGAUCGUGCGACUGUGCGAGGUCUUGGCGACAAUCAGCAAUUCAUCGAUGAUGUUUCUGCAGGAUUGUCAAGUAUCAACGAUCUGUUGAAAGAACGUCCGGAGAACGCCAAAGAGCUGUUGCUGGCUGGCCUACACGAAACCCUCCGAUCAAUAGAAGAGCUCUUGGAUUACGUUGCGAAUGAUUCAAAAUCGCUCCUAAUGCUGUCAAACAAAGUUGACAACAUGCUCAACAGCGCAGACUAUGAUGUUUCUGUGGCCGAAGCCAGAGUGUCUAAUGCAACGCAGGCGAGCAUGAAACUUCUCCAGGAGGAGAAAGGCAGGGAGGAUGAACGUAUCAAAGCAGAAGUUGACACCCGGAUGGGAAGUGUUGCCAAAGGACCUGAGAAUGCAUUGUUCCUUCUCAAAAGCAUCAUAAAGCGGACGGGAGAUGAUCCCCAGCACCAGGAUCGGGUGCAAAAAGCUCUGGAAGCGGCCAAAUUACGCAAUGCCUCGAAGACGCCUGUUGGAUGA